AAAGUUGUGAAAAUUUAUAUAAGUAGAAUGGUGGAAGUAGUGGAACCAAGUCGUGUACUUUUGAUAACCCUUUUGUUGACUUUGCUGGUUACUUCCGGCAUCGCUCAAAACCAAGACGAUGGCGAUGGAGAGGUCGACGAUAUGGCCGGAAGUAAUGUACCGAAGGAGGUGACGUAUGAUGGAAGGUCUUUGAAAAUUAAUGGCAAAAGGGCUCUUCUCUUUUCAGGCUCCAUUCAUUACCCUCGCAGCACACCAGAAGUCUGGCCCGAACUCCUCCGAAAAUCGAAAGAGGGAGGCCUGAACGCGAUCGAGACGUAUACUUUCUGGAACGGUCAUGAGGCGGUUCAGGGGAAGUACAACUUUGAAGGACGAUAUGACUUGGUUAAGUUCAUCCAGUUGGUUCACCAACAUAAACUGUAUGCAGUCCUUAGAGUUGGCCCCUUCAUCCAGGCUGAGUGGAACCAUGGAGGAUUGCCAUAUUGGCUAAGAGAAGUCCCAAACAUCGUAUUUCGUUCCGAUAACGAACCGUUCAAGUACCACAUGAAAAGGUUUGUCACGAUGAUCGUCGACAAACUGAAGCAAGCCAAGUUGUUUGCUCCACAAGGAGGCCCUAUUAUCUUAUCACAGAUUGAGAAUGAAUAUAAAACCAUUCAAUUAGCAUACAGAGAACAUGGAGACAGUUAUAUUCGGUGGGCAGCAAAGAUGGCCCUUAGCUUGGAUGUCAAAGUCCCAUGGAUCAUGUGCAAGCAAAAUGAUGCACCGGAUCCGAUCAUCAAUACGUGCAAUGGAAGGCACUGUGGAGAUACUUUCAUGGGUCCAAAUGGUCCCAACAAGCCUACACUGUGGACUGAGAACUGGACUGCACAGUUUAGAGUAUUCGGAGAUCCACCGUCUCAAAGAUCAGCAGAGGAUUUGGCAUAUUCGGCUGCUCGGUUCUUCUCAAAAAGUGGAACUAUGGUCAACUACUAUAUGUACCACGGUGGCACGAAUUAUGCUAGAACAGCCGCUUCUUUUAUAACAACUCGCUACUAUGAUGAAGCCCCUCUGGAUGAGUUCGGUCUAAUAAGGGAACCGAAAUGGGGUCACCUCAAGGACGUUCACUGGGCUAUAAGGUUGUGCAAGAGAGCUCUAUUUUCCGGUUCCCAUGUUUUCGUAAAGUUGGGUACGGACAAAGAGGCUCAUGUCUGGGAGCAACCUGGAACUGGAAUCUGUGCAGCUUUCUUGUCCAACAAUGACACCAAGAAGCCACAAGUUCUCAAUUUCAGGGGUCGGGAUUACGACCUUCCGCCUCGCUCCAUUACCAUCCUCCCCGACUGCAAGACCGAGGUCUACAACACUCAAAUGAUCACAUCACAACAUAACUCGAGAAAUUUUGUGAGAUCAGCAAAUGCAAACAAGAACUUUGACUGGGAGAUGUACAAAGAAGUCCUUCCUACUGAACCAGCAGCUGUGAAUCCGGAGCCAAGGGAGCUUUUUGAGUUGACAAAAGAUCGAACUGACUACGCUUGGUACACAACUACAAUCGAAAUGAAUAGUCGUGACAUACCGAUGAAGAAAGGUAUCCUCCCGGUUUUUAGGGUUGCAAGUUUUGGCCAUGGACUCCAUGCCUAUAUAAAUGGCAAAUACAUAGGUACUGCACAUGGUAGCAAGGUUGAGAAGGACUUUGUUUUCCAGAGACCUGUAAAUUUCAAGGAAGGGCCUAACCAUAUUGCUCUCUUGGGGUUUUUAGUAGGACUUCCGGAUAGUGGAGCCAACAUGCAUAGACGAUACGCCGGACCUCGUUCCAUCACUAUCCUAGGUUUGAACACUGGAACACUUGACAUAACAUUAAAUGGUUGGAGCCAUCAGGUUGGACUUGAUGGAGAAAAGCAUCAAAUAUACACAGAACAAGGGUCAGAGAAGGUACAAUGGACUAAGGCCGACGUAUCAGAAGGCCUAACAUGGUUCAGGGGAUAUUUUGAUGCACCUGAAGGGAACAAUCAACUUGCUGUACAGAUGACUGGUAUGUCCAAAGGCAUGGUUUGGGUCAAUGGCCAAAACAUUGGGAGAUUUUGGAUGUCUUACCUCUCCCCUCUAAAGCAGCCGACUCAAUCCGAGUACCUAAUCCCAAGAUCAUACCUUCAACCAAAAAAUAAUCUCAUUGUUAUACUGGACGAAGAGAAGGGCGAUCCUAAAGACGUCGAGGUACUUCUUGCUGACAGAGAUACAAUAUGCAGUUAUAUAACCGAAUAUCAUCUACCGUCCGUGAGGUUAUUCGACACCAAAGCAGGCCAACUUCGAGCCUUGCAGAAUGACUUGUAUCCAAGAGUUGAACUCACAUGUCCAAACCAGAAACUAAUCGUCGACGUCGAAUUCGCCAGCUUCGGUGAUCCUUUCGGUUCUUGUGGGAACUACAUGCUCGGAAAUUGCACGUCUCCGGUGUCGAAGCAAGUUGUCGAAAAGUUUUGCUUGGAAAAAUCAAGAUGCAAGAUCCCAUUGCACAUUGAAGAAUUCAAGAAAAAUGAUGCAUGUCCCGAAAGGAAGAAGGCUUUGGCCGUCCAAGUGAAAUGUGCUUCUAAAUCUUAA